GUUCUCCGAAAAAAUGUGGCCCAACUUGUUAAUGUACCUACUUUUUCUGGCUCUACCUCUCAAAUCCUGGGGCUAUCAAGUUCUUCAUCUCGCCGAUUUUCAUCUUGACGUUCAAUAUUCUAUAAACGGAGACAAUAAACAUAUGUGUCACGAUGAUGGUACGGAACGAAAUACAACACUUGGAGAGUAUGGAGACUACAUGUGUGAUGCACCAAAACCACUGAUCCAACUCGCUAUCGAUGAAUCUGCCCGUAUAUUUCCAAAUCCGGAUCUUAUCAUUUGGACAGGAGAUAAUGUGGCUCACAUUGAUGGAUAUGGAUGGGAAAUUGUUCUUGAUGCCGUCAAUCAAACCACCUCGCUUCUUUUCUCCAGAUUCCCAAAUCAAACAAUUCUUCCAACAUUUGGAAAUCACGACUACGCCCCUUCAAAUGGAUUCGAGUCAGAAUCGAGUUUAUAUACAAAAACGUGGGAACUCUGGAAAGGAAAAUUAGGAGAUGAGAAUAAGGCAACAUUCCUGAAAGGUGGAUACUAUAAAUAUCGGCUUCGAAAUGCAACAGCAGUUGUUCUCAACACAAAUUUAUAUUACAAUGCCAAUAAAGCAUACGUUAACUUCACAAACAAAGUAGAUCCGGCUGACCAGUUCGCUUUCCUCGAAAAAGAACUUUCAAAUGCCGAAAAGUGUCCAAAUAGAAUAUCCGAGAAUUGCACUUCUAUAGUUCAUAUUGUAGCACAUAUUGGACCUGGAGUUUUCGAAAAAACUCCAAAUUUCACUUGGUUCCGUGACGAGUACAAUGAACGUUUUUUGGAUUUAACUGUUCGAUACGCAAACUCAAUUGGAUGGAUGAUUUUUGGACAUCAUCAUACUGAUACAUUCCAUUUAAUUAAAGACUCAAAAGAAAAUAAUGUACAAUUGGCACUUAUGGCUCCAGCAGUAACUCCUUGGUUCUCUGAUCUUCCGGGAGCCGGAGCAAACAAUCCGACUUUCAGAGUUUAUGAAACUGAUGCUUACAGUAAAAUACAAGAUAUCAGUACGUACUUUAUCAAUUUGGACGAUCUCAAUAAAAACAAAUCAACACCUUUUGUAUUCGAGUAUUCUUUUAAAGACGCUUAUGGAAUCACAGGAGACAUCAAUCCUACCACAAUGUCAGCACUGCUUGAUAAAAUGAAAAAUAACGACACACUUUUUAAAAAGUAUAUUGACUACAACACAGCAUUCUGGAACCCACAAAUGCCGCUCGGAGUUUACAGAGGUGCUCAACUGUGUUCAAUGGAGUAUUCCGACUAUCCGCGCUACUAUUCCUGCUUGUCGAAAUACACUAAAUCAGCAACUCGUUCUUUGAAUAUUCCAUUAUUUUCUCUUUUUGCAAUCAUCUACACUGAAUUAUUUCUGUAAAUAUUGUUAUGUAUCUGUUUAUGGAGUCAAUUUGAAAACGGGUUAUUGCAUUUCUUUUACUAUUAUUUUUAAUGGUUUCACGGUUUUUAUUUUAUAAUUUAUGAACUUGCCUUUAAAUAAAUGAAUAAUUUAU